AGGACUAACAGCCUCACUGACACGGAGGCUUUUCGCUUCUCUAUUUUCAGCUCUUUUUUCACCCCGCGCCGUGUUUUCAGUGCAUGCUUCCUCAGCAUGUUUUGGCACGGCCGGCCGAGUCUUGACGGAGCUCCAGAAUCACAGUAAAGCUCUCGGGAGGGGACUGUUGAAUUUGACGGAUUGCAGUGAGAAGAGGGAUCAGUGCCUGGAGAUUCUGGGUCAGAGGAAGCUACCACCAGGAUUUUACUGAAACACCUUUAAGCCUCAUCCUUCCUGUUGCUUCGGCAUUACAUGCAACAGGAUUCUACAACUUUGACUGCAACUUCUCAUUCACUACUUCCAUCACUGUAAUGUCCAGCCAUCAAAACAUGUCUACGAAUUCAUCAGUUGACCACUGCAAAACACCAAAUCCUGUCACGUAUGAAAUCCUCUCCUGGCUGAUGGUUGUGCAGUUUGUGCUGGGUCUGCCUCUCAACCUGUCGGUCCUCUACAUCUUCAUCUUCAGGUUCAAGUUCUGGAAGAACAAAAGUAUCUUCCUGUUCAACAUUGUGGUUGCUGAUUUCUUGCUGGUGGUCUGUCUUCCUGCCAAAGCCUACCAUUACCGCCACCACCUGAGGCGCAGCCAGGAUGGCGUGGUGUGUAAGACGAUGCUCUUCAUGCUGUUUCUCAACCGGGGGGCCAGCAUCGCCUUCCUCAUCACGCUGUCUAUCGAUCGCUACUUCAACGUGGUGCAUCUCGGAAGGAGGAACUUUGUCAAAAUGCUGAAGAAAACUCCUCAAAUCUCCAUCCUGAUCUGGCUUCUCUUGUUGCCCCUCACCAUCCCCACCAUGGUGAAGACCUUUGAGUGCUGCAACAGUCACGGCCGUGCAGUCGAGACUUAUUACCACGAUGUGACAGACACCUUCAGAGAGGUCGUCUUCUUCACCCAGAUCAUCAUCCCCUUCGUCAUCCUUGUCUACUGCACAGUGCGCAUCGUCAACCGCCUGAGGAAGAAAACGGUGGGGGAAAAGACCAAACUGAGGAGAGCCGUGUGCGUGGUCAUGUCUGUGGUCGUCGUCUUCUCCGUCUGCUUCCUGCCCUGCGCUAUAGCCCGAGCGGUGCUGCUGAGCGUCCGGCUGAAAAACUGGCAGAUCGCAGAGGACGUGGUGGUUCAGGUCUACGACGGCCUCAUGGUUUUGUCUUACAUGGACUGCCUGCUGGACCCGCUGGUGUACUGCUUCUGUAACUCAGGGUUUAAAGAUGCUUACAUAUCCACCUUCUGUCCAGCGUUUCUACGGAACAGACUUCUGAACUCUGACUUUGGCCUGGGAACAACGACAACUACGACGUCUGCAACACGAACCAUUUCUUUGCCGAUAAUAGACAAAUGAUUUGUUUUCCUCUUAGAUUGUAAUCAAGAGUGUCUCCGACGGAGCGCGGGCCAUUUAUUUACCAAACAGAUACAGUAGCAUCACCACUGCUCCACCCACACUGUUGUUUUCAGCUUCUCCGGCAGAUUAGAUUCUCUGAAAAUGGUGGGUGGUGCAAUGCUGGCAAAUGCCAUUUACUCAAAGGAUGAACACACCAGAUGCGAGUUAGUCAUUUGUGGGCAUAACCUUCACGUCACCUGGUCAAACCAUCAUCAGUGUAAAAGCAGAACGUGCUCAGGGUUUAUCUGCAGCCAGGUUCGCCCUGUUUGGGUCCAGAUGUAAAUGCACACUCGACCGUCCGGUGCCCAAAUCAGUGGUAUUUUGUAUUUAGUUGUAUUUUUAUAAAUAAAAUAACAGUAUCGAUACAUUCAAACUAUGAUUCAAAUGCAGUUUUUUUUCUAACAUAAUUUGCCGGCAAAGGUCCAGUCACGUCACUUCUUUGCGUGUUAUUUCAUGAAAUAUUUCUCAAUAUAAUCCCGUAUUAAAGGACAGAUCAGAGUUUUAACACCUUGUAUUGGUGCUAAAGAGACGAUCCUUUGAACCUUUCAAGAACUACGUCAAUGUGAAAUGCACACUCAAAAAUGUCUCAUAGAAAACUUGCAAGUUAAAGUUUACUGCUUUCAAAUGUUACGUGCUGACGCAAGUCAAUCACCAAAAACAGGUGAAGCAAAAGACAGUAGUCAGAGAAGAAGAAGUCAGGGAGGUGUCAGUCAAACACAGUCUGUACAUGUACAUGCAGUCCUGUGAAGAGGGCUGUUCAGCCAAAAUAACUGCAAACACCAGUGUGGGUGUGCAGGGCUGUGUAGAAAAUGUGUGUGUGCUUUUAUUAUGUGGCUGCUGCAAUCAUUUAUAAUGAUAAAAGACAAUGGCUUAAAGGUAAAUGUUCUUUUCAGCUGCAUGCUUAAAUAGUACAGUUUAGAUAUGUACUUGGUCACUCUUUAUAUUAAGGUACACAUAUUCACCAAUAACCACGUGCUUAUUAACAUACAUAUUGGUGGCAUGCUGGCUCUUUAUUAGUCAUUAUAAAGCACUCAAUGCCUUAAUCCAGGGGGUGCGGUUAUUAAGGUUUAGGUUAUCAAGAUCGCAAGUCAUGUGCAACAACUUCCUCACGUCCUAUCAAUAAGCUGUAAUUUAGAGGUUACAGAGGUUAACGCUGUGUUAAUGGGCUCGUAGUUAUAGAGCAUAAGUGUUUUCUAAUGAGCCAAAAUGCUACUAAUAUGCAAUACAACGAGUAAAUAGUGAAUAUGUGUACCUUAAUAUUAAGUGUAAUAGUAUAUAUAGUUUUAUAUGUUCCAUUUUUGCAUCUUCAUUAAUAGACUGAUUUAAAACCAGGUGUUCAGGAGCUGAGGUGAUAUUUUGUUCCCUUGUGACUGCAUUUGCUCAAUAUGUUGAGCAAUGACUGCAAUGACCACAAAGGUCUCAGCAGCACAGUACAGAAAGGCAGCAUAAUGUAUCGAAGCUUGUUAGGCGACACCUUCACCCUUACACCGUUUGCAUAGCUGUCAUUCAUCACUCAGGAAACUAUAUCUCUGGGUUCGCCAUCAGGACCUCGGACCGGUUCUAUCUGUUCUUACUGGUGUUAAACCCUCAGCGCAACUUAUUGUGAACUAAUUUGUACACCUCACAAUAGCUCGUUGAAGCCUUUGGAGUUAAUUUUAGGUUGCGUUUACACUUGCCGUCUCACAGUGAUGUGAAACUAAUUAUUCAUGCCUCUUUUAUAAGCACAGUGAACCAGCCUGCCUACAUUCCGGUGUUUAAAGGAGGGUAAAAAUGUUGUUCCACAACCACUACAAAAAGGCCAAAUCCAAGUGGACUACACAAACCUGGAAGGCUGUUCCAAACUCUCCUCCUUCACACUGUAUACAAUUUGGAGAUGUUGAUGAAUAAAA